UAGAAAAUAUAUAAAAUCAAGUUGUUUAGUGGCAGCUUAAACCAAAAUGGAUUGCAACACCAAACCUCAUGCAGUUCUUAUCCCAUUCCCAGCACAAGGCCAUGUAAUCCCUUUCAUGAACCUUGCAAAGCUUCUACACUCCCAUGGCUUCCACAUCACCUUUGUCAACACCGAAUUCAACCACCGGCGUCUCGUUCGUGCCAAAGGCCCCGAAUCAGUCAAAGGCUUGCCUGAUUUCUGGUUCAAGACCAUCCCUGACGGUAUGCCACACUCGGACCAAGACGCCACUCAGGACGUGCCCAUGCUUUGUGACAUGAUUAAAAAGACUUGUUUGGGUCCGUUCAAAGAGUUGUUGUGUCGACUGAACUCGUCGGAUGGAGUUCCGCCGGUCAGCUGUGUCAUCGGAGAUGGUGUCAUGACCUUUGCAAUAAAAGCUGCCAUGGAUUUAGGGAUUCCAGAGGUUCAGUUUUGGACAUUUCCGGCAUGUGCUUUGAUGUGUUUUUUGCAUUAUAGAGAGUUCAUCAAAAGGGGCAUUGUUCCCUUUAAAGAUGAUAACUAUCUAACGGAUGGCACAUUAGAAAAAUCAAUAGACUGGAUUCCAGCAAUGAGCAAUCUUCGUUAUAAAGAUAUUCCAAGCUUCAUUAGAACAACAGAUCCAAACGAUAUCAUGUUUAAUAUUGCAAUGGAUGAAGCUGAAAAUAACUUGAGUUCACCUGCAAUCAUCAUGAACACGUUUGAUGCAUUGGAACACAAAGUAAUAGAAGCGAUCGCUUCAAAAUUCGAUUAUCCGAACAUAUAUACAAUAGGCCCUCUUCCUUUACUAGCCAGAUAUGUACCGGACGACAGUCCGAUACAAUCACUCAACUCGAGUCUAUGGAUGUCAGACUCGAGUUGCUUAAAAUGGCUAGACCAGAAGGAAGAAGGGAGUGUAAUCUAUGUUAAUUAUGGUAGCAUAACUACCAUGACUGAUCAACACUUUAUCGAAUUCGCGUGGGGCUUGGCACGCAGUAUGCAACCGUUUUUAUGGGUGGUUCGCCCCAAUGUGACCAUGGGGAAUUCAGCAGUGUUACCCGGAGAACUCUUGGAAGAGAUCAAGGAUAGAGGAAUGUUGGUGAGUUGGUGUGCUCAAGAAAAGGUUUUGGCCCACCGUUCGGUUGGUGCGUUUUUAUCGCACUGCGGAUGGAACUCGACAACUGAAAGCAUACUCGAAGGUGUCCCGUUGAUCUGUUGGCCGUUCUUUUCGGAUCAACUAACAAAUUGUCGAUUCGCUUGCACCGAAUGGGGGAUUGGGAUGGAAAUUAAUCAUGAUGUGAAAAGAAAUGAAGUGGAAGUUGUUGUUAAGGAGAUGAUGCAAGGGGAGAAAGGGAAGGAAAUGAGAAGAAAUGCUAGAGAAUGGAAAAGAAAAGCAAAAGAAGCAACUGAAAUUGGUGGUUUAUCAUAUAAUAAUUUCCAGAGAUUUAUCAAAGAGGCCCUUCAUUACCAUACUUGAUUCUUGAAGAAUAAAGAUUUGAUUAAAACUUAUGUAUUUCAUUUAUGUAUGGUUUUUCUAUAUUUGAAUUAUUAUUCAAUCCACACAUACUUCAAGGAAACAAUUAGUGGCUUUAUGUACAGAGGUUUAGAGGAUGAGCCGAAUGAUGCAUGUUUCAAAGUGGUCAUUCAUUUUAGUGUCUCAGUAAUAUAUUAAGGGACUCAAAGCA